AUGUUAGAUCUAGACCAAACAAUAGAGAACAUCAAACAAUGCAAACUAAUACCCGAAUCCGACAUUGAGGAAAUCUGCACGCUCCUAAUCGACAUUCUCAUUGACGAAUCCAACAUCCAGCACCUACAUACCCCAGUCACCAUAUGUGGAGAUAUACAUGGCCAACUACACGAUCUCAUUACGAUUUUCGCCAUAGGUGGCGAAUUGCCGCAGACUCAAUAUGUGUUUUUGGGCGAUUUCGUUGAUCGUGGCUUCAACUCGUUAGAGACUUGGUUGUUGCUCAUGACUUACAAGUUGAAGUAUCCUUCGAAAAUCACUUUAAUACGGGGCAAUCACGAGUCGAGGCAGAUUACGACAGUGUAUGGGUUUUAUGAUGAGUGUUUGAGAAAGUAUGGGCUGGUUAAUGUGUGGAGGUAUUGUUGCGAGGUUUUUGAUUAUUUGAGCUUGGGCGCGGUCAUCAACGGACGUACUGAGGGAGGUAAAGGUGAAAAAGAGGGUGGAGGUGGCAGUGGCAGUGGCAGUGGCGUGUUUUGCGUGCAUGGGGGACUAAGUCCCGAGAUUGACUCUAUUGACCAAAUACGUAUCCUAGAUAGGAAACAAGAGGUUCCACAUGAGGGGGGCAUGUGUGAUCUACUAUGGAGCGACCCCGAGGAAGAUGUGAAGGGGUGGAGCAUAUCCCCACGUGGUGCGGGUUUCUUAUUUGGCGAAUCUGAAGUCGACAAGUUUCUUCAUUUGAACAAUGUGGGCUUGAUUGCUCGCGCGCACCAGUUGGUGAUGGAGGGGUAUAGAGAGAUGUUUGAUCUGAAGUUGGUUACCGUUUGGUCAGCUCCGAAUUAUUGUUAUCGGUGUGGGAAUGUUGCUAGUGUGUUGAGGAUUGAUGAUGGUUUGAAUAGGGAUUAUAAGGUGUUUGAAGCAGUUGAGUUUGAUGAAGAGGUAGCUGGAGGUAAGAGAGAUGGGGGUGGUGGUGCGUUGGGCAAGAAGCCCGUAGUAGAGUACUUUUUGUAG